GGCUAAUUUCGUCUACUCUAGAGUCUAGACAGUCAACACUAUUAGUUUUUGUGGUAUAAUUUUAUGAUUUUUAAUUAGUUUUUGGCCUUAGUAGGCUCAUAUUUAGGUUUACUUGUCAAAGAGUUAUUAAUCUCCCAGAAACAUGCCCGUGUUUCACACCAAAACCAUCGAAGGCAUUUUGGAGCCUGUGGCACAGCAGGUUUCAAGGCUUGUGAUUCUUCAUGAAGAAGCAGAAGAUGGCAAUGCCAUGCCAGAUUUGGAAAGGCCUGUCAUGGCAGUCAGCUGUGCAGUUACCAAUCUCGUUAAGGUUGGUAAGGAGACCAUCAACAGCAGUGAUGACCCCAUCCUCAAACAGGACAUGCCAGCCGCCCUGUACAGAGUGGAAGGGGCUUCCAAGUUACUGGAGGAGGCUUCAGGGAUGCUCAAGGUCGAUCCUUACUCUGGUCCUGCCAGAAAGAAACUUAUCGAAGGUUCAAGAGGAAUUUUGCAAGGAACAUCAUCCCUUCUGUUGUGCUUUGAUGAAUCAGAAGUCAGAAAAAUAAUCCGAGAAUGUAAAAAGGUUCUGGACUACUUGGCUGUAGCAGAGGUCAUCGAAACAAUGGAAGAUUUGGUGCAGUUUUUGAAAGAUCUCAGCCCCUGCCUUAGCAAAGUGUCUCGUGAGGUCGGAGCGAGAGAGAAGGAAUUGACCCAUCAGGUCCAUCGGGAAAUUCUCAUCAGAUGCCUGGACCAGGUCAAGACUUUGGCUCCGAUAUUGAUCUGCAGCAUGAAGAUAUUCAUCCAUAUCAUUUCAUCUGGUGGCAAGGGGGCUGAGGAAGCUGCCGAGAACCGUAACUAUUUGACAUCGAGAAUGACGGACGAACUCCAUGAGAUUAUCAGAGUGCUGCAGCUGACCACUUACGAUGAAGACGAGUGGGACGCAGACAACCUCACGGUCAUGAAGAAGGCACAGAAUGCGAUCCAGAGUAAAAUAAGAAACGCUAAGGACUGGCUCGAGGAUCCUCUUGCUCUGAGAGGAGGGGUCGGUGAGAAGUCAGUACGUCAGAUACUAGAACACGCCCAGGCAGUGGCAGACAGAGCCUUGCCAUCUGACAGGGACACUAUACACAAACUGUGCGGUGACGUCAACACCAUGACUGAGGCACUGUGUGAACUGCGCCAGACCAACAAAGGCACCACUCCACAGGCGGAGAGCUUGGCCCGAGGUAUACAGGAGAAGUUGGGAGAAGUUUGUCGAGCUGUCAGCAACGCUAUCAACAACAUGGACAAGCACGGGGGAGGUCAGAUUGCACACACAGUCAGUGGCCGACUGGAGCAGGCUCAGAGAUGGCUCAGUAGGCCUCAGCAUGAUGAUCAUGGACUGGGGCAGCAGGCUAUAGCUCUCAUUGUCAGCGAGGGCAAGAAGGAUCAACGAAAGGUGGCUGAUGGACUGCCAGGAGUACAGAGGAGUGAGAUAUUGACCUUGUGUGACCAGGUAGACAGACUGUCUAGACAACUCAGUGACCUGUGCCGCCGCGGCCAAGGCAACUCUCCUCAAGCUCAGGAGAUAGCAAGGACCCUAUCUCAGAAGCUGCACGAGCUCAAGGAAAAGAUCCAGAAUGCCGUGGUGAACCGAGUUGUUGAAGAUUUUGUCGACAUUGUUACACCCUUGAAGCAUUUCACUGAAGCUGUCCAUGUUCCUGAAGGUACUCCUGGACGAGAUGUCAAUUUCAAUGACAAGGCAGCAGCUCUCAACGAGUGGUCCACACGGGCUGCUAGAACUGGUCGUAUGGUGGCGGCUGGUGGUAGCGGCGGCAACAAGAAACUGGCUGAGUCACUGGUGUCUGCGGCUUCUCAGGUUGAGUCAUUGACCCCUCAACUGGUCAAUGCUGGUCGUAUCCGACUCAACUACAACGAGAGCAAAGCAGCUGAUGAACAUUUUGACAACCUACGCGCUCAGUACUCUGACAGCGUCGCACGCAUCAGGAACCUCUGUGACGAGGCUACUGACUCGGCUCACUUCAUCAAAAUAUCUGAGGAGCACAUGCAGAAGCACACGGUGAUGUGUGAGGAUGCAAUCGCACGACACGAGCCUCAGAAGUACGUGGAGCAGACGACAUGCAUAGCCAGGCUGGGCAACAGAGUGCUGCAGGUGGCCAAACAAGAGGCAGACAACUCUGAGGACCCGGAGUUUAUAUCAGCUGUGAAUCGUGCGGCAGACAACCUGCAGUCUUCUAUCACCCACAUGGUACAAGAUGCUAAAGCUGUAGCUAUGAACACUCACAACUCUGCCGCAGUUUCUAAGUGGAGGGAAUCCAACAGAGCUUUGCUGAACUCAGUUGGUCAAGUCAGACGAGCUGUUACUGUAAUGCCAGAUAUCAACAACCUUCACAUCAACGACGGAUGGGAGAGAGAGAUUCCUCCCCCUCCACCCCCACCUGCACCUCUGUCUUACUCACCUCCAGAAGAGCCUCGAUACCAACAGCAGCAAUACCGGCCUAACUACUUCGUGGAGAAAGACUCAGAUGAUCUAGUCACGACCACAAUGACCAGAGCUGUGGCUAUCCGCACACUUGCUUUGCCUCCGUAUCAAGCCCCACCCAGUCCUCGGCCUCUGCCAGAAGUAGCCCCGCCCAGGCCACCGCUACCAGGAGGUGAAGUUCCUCCACCUCGACCACCCCCACCGGCGGAGACUGACGAUGAAGAUGACAUGUUCAUGCAUGCACCACUACCAAACCAACCCAUCAUGAUGGCAGCCCACGGACUGCACCAGGAAGUCCGCCAGUGGUCUAGUAAAGACAACGACAUCAUCGCGGCGGCCAAGAAGAUGGCGCUGCUGAUGGGACGACUGUCGCAGCUGGUGAGGGGCGAGGGAGGCACCAAACGAGACCUCAUCGCGUGUGCCAAGGCCAUCGCUGAGGCGUCUGAGGAAGUCACCAGACUAGCCAAGGAGCUGGCCCGCGAGUGUACUGACAAACGCAUGAGAACGAAUUUGCUGCAGGUUUGUGAAAGGAUUCCCACAAUCGGUACCCAGCUGAAAAUCCUCUCUACAGUAAAGGCUACAAUGCUCGGAGCUCAAGAGACACUGCCUCGGUCGGAGAUGGCGGAGCUACAUGGCGGUACGGAGGAGGACCAAGAGGCCACAGAUAUGUUGGUAGGCAACGCGCAGAACCUGAUGCAGUCUGUCAAAGAGACGGUACGAGCUGCAGAGUCUGCGUCCAUCAAGAUCAGGACAGACGCUGGCAUCCGUCUGCGCUGGGUGCGCCGCCAGCCGUGGUACCAGUACUAGGCAGACAGAGCAGUGCCUUUAGUGCCAUAUCAGUGCAAUAGCCGUGCCACAAACUGCUCCCUGCCAGAGCUCCAUGUUUAUUUUUGUAACCCUGUAUACCUUGAAGUUGCUACUACGUACUAGACUAACAAACCACUCACCGUCCUAAGCUUACAACAUAGUUUGCAAGUCUUUUAUAGCAAACUAAUUUAUUGAGGUGCAUGUGGCUAAUUUUCUGUUGUGAAAGCCGUAUUAGUUUACUUAAAGAUUGGUGCGCACUCAAUAUUUGAAUCAUGUUAUUGAUUUAGAGUUUUAAAAUCUGUUAUUCUUAAUGAUUGAACUAAAUUUCAAUGUUUGUUUCUAACCAUAGAAAAACUCAUUUUAUUAGUCUUAUAGUUGAUAGUUGCAUCAAAAUCUUGUGUUUUUUUUGUAGAACUUCAACUUAAAACCUAUCCUUAUCCACCCACAAUUCACGGAUAACUCAUGAGAAUUUUAUUUCCAAGUAAAUAAAAAGCUCAUGUUAGUUGUCUUUCAAAGAAUUAAAUGCUGAUGAAUACACAAUAUAGGUUACAAUACAAUACAUUUACGUUUAUCAUGUUGCUAUAUUGGAUCAAAAUAUUUUUGAAGAGGAUGUUAUAAAUAACUGAUCAAGUGUUUCGUCAUAACCACAGGCUGUUUUAAUAAUAUGUUUACUUCAACUUUAGGUUUUAAGCAUUAGUUUGGCGCUAAUUUAUUUUAUCAUUAAUCAAUUAUUGUCGCCUAAAUUAACAAAACUGUUAGUCAUGUACUUACUGUUUUACCAUUUGUGUUCUAGGUUCUAGUAAUAACUCUUAGUUUGAAAAUAAAUUUCUCCACUCCCUUCCUUGACGCUUCAAGACUACUAUUGAAAGCACUCGGCAAUAUUCAACGAUUUUGUUUGUUAUUUAAUGAUUAAUAUUGUUUACCUCAAAUUCCCCUACUUAGUCGGGCAUUAUUUAGCUAGAUAUUAUAAUUUCAUUACUAUUUUCUUAGAAUUUGAAUUAUUCAUACCACAAUAAGUCUAGUUGUUGACUACUAAUCAAAGUUUAAAGACAAAUGUAGAUCGUAAUCCUUCGUGUCAUAACCUGUAAUGGCAUCUGUUUGUGCAUUUGUCAUUGAAUUAAGCAGUAUUAUUGGUUGUUUGAUGGUGAAGAUAAAUAUUCUUAUCAAUAUCCUUCAUCUUACUAUCAUCUCAAAGUCUAAUCAACUCUAUUGGUUCGUUACUAACUUUUUAUUGAUCCAAAACUUUGACCACUGUCAAGUUAUGGAUCGAUGUGUGAUUGUGUUCAUUUAUUUUAUGUUGUGUAUACAGAUUUUAUGUGUUGUUAAUCCUUUCAAUUUCGAAUUUGAUAGUGAAAUUUUUGUUUUAAUGUGUUCUGUUUUUAUUUACAUUUAUAACCAAAAGUAGUUUUAAUUUAUUUAUAUUGAAAUCUAACACUGAUCAACAACGAAUUUAAUAAAUCAAUUUUGUCAUCAACAUCGACAAAAAAGGUUGUUCUAUUUUUGAAAAUUUUGUCUAAUCAUUAGUUUUAGUUGUGUACACCAUAUUUAAUUGAGUUGUGAAGUUAACAAAAAUGUUUGUGUACAGUGUAACAGACUUUAAUAAUUUGAUUUUGGCCUUGUAAAUGUUUAACUACAAAAUAUAUUUAGGAUAUAACAUAUAUAUUUUUACUAGCGCAUAUUUAUAAAAGUUUUAUUUUUACUAUUCAAUUAUUAAAUACUUAGGUGUAGAUAAUAGUAUUGAGUAUAACUAAUCUGUUAACCAGUCAAAUAUUCACUCUUGGUAUAAUUUCUUGGUAGUAAAUUACUAAGAUUGUAAGUAGUUAAGUAUUCUGUGUUAACAAUGAGUUAGAUGCUUACAUAGCAUUUUGAUGGUUCCUGAACUGUUUUGAAACUGGCACUUUGUGACUAAAACGUGUUCUUAAACGUCUUUGGUGUUGCAACAAUGAAAUUUUUUUGGCUGUAAACAGUUCAAGAACCGACACAAGUUUAACUGCACAAUCACUCGCACUAGCUCCGCCUUAGAAUUGCUCACGAUAUACAGAUAGACUGCUUUUCCUGUUGUUCUUUAUGAGAGUUUACUGCAUGUUGACUUUCUGUCUAGAAAAUUGUGUGCCUCAGAAUUUACAUUCAUUGAUUUACGUUUUGCAAUAUAGGAAAGAAACUUUGGAGAAGAUAAGAGGAAUGGUCUUUUCAUCACUUUGUACAGAAAGUAGCUAUUUUCAAUAACAGCUGAUAUAAAAAAAAAAUUAUUGUUUCCAAAGCUAUAAUUAAAAGCAACGGAGAAACAAUCAGCUGAUUUGUAUUGUUCUUAAUCAGUUCUCCUUUUGUCCCCUACGUGCCCUGGUUUUUAUGCAUUUUUUUUAAGUCCCACCUCCUAGGACGCUAAGUUACAGCCCGUAACUGUUUACACAUUACUUCAGGCUAGUUCUAAAGGGUGUGGCAUUUUAACAUAGAUAAAAUCCAUUGCGAAUUGGCGGGAUUUGAACCCGGGACCUGGGGCUCCAAAGCCCCGCUCUACCACUAGAACAGAUCGCUCCCCAGUACGCAUUCACUUUACUAAUUAUUAUUAUAAUUGAAAUAAGCAGUGUUUACUGUUUAAACAAUCUAAAUGUAAACAAAAUUGGAAUUUACAUUGUGAUAAAAAGCAUUGUUCAUAACUUGAACCAAAAGUGAUUUUUUGGACACUAGCUCCAAUUAUUCCUGUCCUUGUCUUAGCGUUGUAUGUGAAACUCAUUCUCACAUUCUUAGCUUCACCUAGCACGUGAAAUGUAAUGUUCCAGUGUUUUUAUCUUUCCUCACACAUGAAACUUGAGCAUACACAUAGAAAUGUUACUUUCGGUUCUUGUAUGAAGUAUACUAUUUUUUUAGGUCUCUUUAUGUGGGUGCCAGAAUAAUGCGUGUCAAAUUGUUUUACAUCUAAAAAGUAUAGACCUUAGGUUCCAUGGAGGUUUAAUUGUCAUUGUCCUAUUAGGUCCGUAAACACUAAAAGUGCCUAUAAUACCUCUUAAUAAUUGGUAAUGUAAUAAUUUUUUAAGCAGCAAACCUGCAAACUAAACAUAAUACCAGUUGCAUUUAUGUCUUUAUGUAUUAAUCCAGCAAAUAAAAUUACAUAUGUUUGAUGCAGUAAAGGUUCAAAUAAGUUCUUAGUAGAUCCAAAUAUUAAGCAUAUGCUCGUUUGGAUGGAUUAAUUAUUUUUACUUUCACCACAAACUUUCAUUGUAUUGUUAUUAAAUUUUAAAUAUACAAAAAAACUUAUUUUCAAUUUUUUGUACUAUUUGUGCCAAUAAAUUUAGUACAUUGUAUUACAUUACAAUGAAAAGAAUAUAAGACAAAGAGUGCAUUAAGUAAAGAGAAUUUUAAGGGUUAACAAGAAAUGAAUUUGGGAGUCUUUGACAAAGUUCAAAGAUAACAAGCAUAAGCUUUGAAUAGAAAUCUGAAUGUAAAUUCUGCAUCCACUUCACUUACCGUAAGAAUGUAAAAAAUAUGUAGUCAAUUAAUAAAUUAACUUGUUAACACCACACUAAUUAUUGAUUGUAACAACUAUUAUUAGGCCUAAGGAGAAAUGUUACUAUAUGCAUAGAAUGUAAGUGCUAACAAUACUUAUUGUGUUUAUUUAUUGUUAUUUAUUUAUUUGUUUGGUAACUAUAUUUAGUUGUGGAUGUGACUCCUUUUAACAUUUCAUGACAGUUGUUCAAUGUUCAUAGUUUUAUUUAAUGAUUGCAAUAUCUUAAGUCUUCCUCAAUAUUUACGUUGUGAAACCCAUAUUAUCUUUCACAUAUAAUUUUGUAACUACUUUUCUGAAUGAUUCUUAAUAUACUUGAUUGAAAUAUA